UCAUCUUUGAUUUAUCCCUUGCCAUUAUCACAUCCCCCAGUACACACAAACCCAAGUGGUAACCAAGUUGUGUAAGUUUUAUCUGAGAAAUUUUCUUUAAAUCAGUCCCCUCAUUUUUAAUCCCAUCACUACUACCUUUGUUCAGGCCCUUACCACCUCUUAUCCAACCCUAACUGUCUUGUUGAUUGUCCUCACUAUCCACUUCUCUGCAGCUCCAGGUUAUACAUUGCUGUCAGUGUUAUCUUCUUAAAAUACUCGUAUGAUCAGAAUCAUUCAUCUUAAAGCUCUUCGUUAAUUUCUACUUGCCUUCACGUUACAGCACAGGCAGACAGGAAUUUAUGUUAAGAAAUGUAAAAUUAAUCAUGAGUUAGGAAACCACUGAAGGAUUUUAAAGAGAAGUGUGACAUGAUCUUACUUACAUUUUUCAACUGUAUCUCUUCGCAUCUUUUAAGUAGUUGCCCUAGAGAUUACAGUAUGCAUCUUCAACCUACCAUAAUCGUCCUUGCUUAAGAUUACAAUAUGCUUCCUUGGAGUUAAUAUUAUACCACUGUAUAUAAAAUGUAAGAAUCUUGCAGCAGUAUAGUGUGGGAGCAAGAUCGUUUUUCUGUGUCCCAAACAUUCAGAUUUCUCUAUCUUUUGACCCUUGUUUUUUCCCCAAACUGCUCUUACAUUCCUCUUCUCUUCUCCAACCGACUUCUUGAAUAAAUAUCUACCAUAUUAGCUUCCUCUGCUUUCUUAUCAUCACCUAUUCUCUGACCCAUCCCAAUCUAAUUUCUGCCCCAUACACUAUCCUAAUUCUACCACUGCAAAAGCAAUCUCAAGUUUAUUUGUUAACAAGUUGCCAGAUCUCAUGCCCUCUUCUUGGUUCUUAUUUCUAUUGAAUCUAUUACUGCUCAAUAAUAUUUGACACUGACAACCACUUCUUCCUUCUUAGACUUCCUUUCCUUUGACUGCUCUGACGCUGGACUCCAAUAUAGGUAGCAUGUUUUUGACUGAAUGCUUAACCUUUAGUUGAACAGUGAAUGUAUGUAAGACUCCCAUCUCCCAAACUACAACACCCCUUCUCCUUAGAGAACUUCUAAAACACUUUGUCUGUAAUAUUUUUAAAAAUGGCUUGAGUGGUCUUAAAGCUGGGGUAGGAGUGGCUGCAUCUUUCCAGAAGAUGUGGUGGUUCUUGCCUGGACUGCUUCCUGGCGCUUCUCUUGACUUUGCUUCACGCCCUGGGCACCCCGAGGUUCUUUUGCAACUGCUCUCACCAUUGGCAGCCAUGAUCUCCUUACCGGACACCCAGAGAAUUGGAGUGGGAUUAACAGGAUAUGGACUAUUUUUCCUGUUCUUUGGAAUGAUUCUCUUAUUUGACAAAGCACUACUGGCUAUUGGAAAUGUUUUAUUUGUGACUAGCUUGGCUUUUGCAAUUGGUUUACAAAGAACAUUCACAGUCUUCUUCCAAAAACAUAACAUGAAAGCUACAAGAUUUUUCCUGGGUGGUAUAUUUGUUGUCCUUGUUGGUUGGCCCUUCGUAGGCAUGAUCUGUGAAAUUUAUGAUUUUUUUCUUGUUUUCAGGGGCUUCUUUCCUAUGGUCACUGGCUUUAUUAGAAGAGUGCUAGUCCUUGGGUUCCUCUUGAAUUUACAUGGAAUUAGAUCAUUGGUUGAUAAAGUUGGAGAAAGCAACAAUAUGGUAGAAAGACAAGUGAAUUGGGGAUUCAUUUAAAAUAUUGUAUUAUUUAUAAAGUCCUUUGAAGAAUAUUCAGCACAAAAUUAAAUUACAUGAAAUAGCUUGUAAUGUUUUUUACAGAAGUUUAAAACUUAGAUCCCACCAAGUACCAAUAGCAGUUAAAAAGCAAUGAAAGCAGUCUUCUAAUCAAGUGAUCUAAGAAGUCAGCAAGGAAACUGAAGGAGUGAAAUCUUUGUUACAAUACAUAUUGAAACUCUUGAGGAUGAUUUUUAUUGUUUUUCUGCAGUGUGGGAAAUACAGCCAUCAUUGGAGAACUGUGGUUCUGUUUCUUUUCUUUUUCUUUUGAAGAUGCAGGAGCACCCAUAGGCAUUUGCUUUUUGGAAAUAUCCACUGGAAUGGCAAAAGUAUUUCCAGUUGCAUUGUGUCUCUGAAAGUGAUAACAUGAGUUAGAUUGGAUUAUGUCAUUUUAAUGUAUUAAAGCCAAGGAAAACCCAGUUUUGAUGUAUGAAAGUCGUUCGACUUUUUUUUUGGUAACAUGGUUAAAAUUUU